GUGUCAUUGAAUGGUGAUCGAAGCUUUAUUGUAACCGGAAAGUCACUGCUUCAUUCAGCACCGACUCAUCAUGCCUCUCCACAACAGACAGUCCAGUAUUGAGAUGCUGGAGCUGCUGGGAGUGGUAAAAGAAAAUGGCAAUGAACAGCAAUCAUUUCCUCCUGUGCACACUCCACUCUCUUAUGACUACGUCCUGGUUGCCAAAACGAUUAAUAAUCAGGAGAGAGAGACUUUCAGGAAGCAAACUGAGUACAUCGAAGAGCUAAAAAAAAAGAACUUCAAAGUCACGAAAAUCAUAGAUGAUAAUCUCGUCUUCUAUGGGAUUCAAGCGCCCAAGGAAAUCUUUGAGAAGUACAGGUAUCUGCUCAAGGUGUCCGAUGCCUGCAACUGGAGCUCAGAUCAGAGCGCAGUGUCUCUCAGUACGAGGAUACGGAUUGUGCACUUCAUCUUAGGUCACACCAAAAUUCGUUCAGGAGAAAAUCUACGGGAGCUCAUAAAGAUGAAGGUUUUUGAGACCAAGUUCUGUCUACAUGAGAAAAAGAAACAGAGAGAACUGAAGGCGGGAUGGGCACGGUGGACAGCCUGUCUCCAAGGGCAACCCAUAACUGCUGUCAGGAACUACUUUGGAGAAAAAGUGGCCUUGUACUUUCUGUGGCUGGGCUGGUACACAUUUCUCCUAAUCCCACCUGCUAUCAUCGGGAUCAUUAUCUUCCUCUAUGGCAUCUCCUACUACAAACACUCACCCCUCCUAAAUGAGGUUUGCAACUCCAACACAACCAUGUGUCCACUUUGUGACAAGGGUUGCGAAGAGUGGCAGCUCAAUGACACCUGCAUUUAUACCAAGGUGACCUUACUGUUUGACAACGAAGGGACAGUGUUCUUUGCGAUGUUCAUGGCAAUAUGGGCAACACUGUUUUUGGAGUUCUGGAAGAGACAUCGUGCUACCUAUGUGUGUGAAUGGAAAGUGUCUGAUUGGAGUGAGGAAGAGGAGGAACUGAUCCUGGAACUUGUGAAUGAUGUCAACUGUGAACCAAAAAAAUUUAAGCACUCCUAUUGGACCAGCAGUCUGAUUUUUAUCUGUGUAACAAUUAUGAUAUUAGUGAUCAUCAGCCUAACGAGUGCUGUGGUGGUGUUCAGGGUGAUUGCAGCAGAUUUUUUGGCAAAGUACAAAUUGAAAUCUUUAAGCAGCCACUCCAACAUACCUGUGAUGGUGCUAGGGGGUUUCCUCCAUUACUUCAUCAUCACUAUCAUGACACGGGUAAAUUGGAUUGUGGCCAGGAAGCUCUGUGACAUGGAGGAGAUAAGGUCGUUUGCUUCCACUGAAAAGAGCUUCACAGUCAAAAUGUUCACCUUCCAGUUCUUCACCUAUUUCACCUCACUGUUUUAUGCGGCCUUCAUUCUUGGCAGGAUAAAUGGCCGUCCUGGGAAUUAUGUAAAAAUUGCAGGUCGUUGGAGACUUGAGGAAUGUCACCCUACUGGCUGUCUGACCGACCUGUUUAUCCAAAUGACCAUUAUCAUGGUACUAAAGCAAACCAUCAGCAAUGUCUUUGAGUUCACUGGACCCUGGUUAUGCCGGUUGUGGAAAGGAAAAAGAACCCAGAAACUACAGAGGAAAUGCGCUCACUGCUAUCUGAAAGAUGACUCAGACACUAAAGAUGGGGAUGAACUUUGUGAAAACUGCAAGCUCCGAGACUGGCUAAGCAACUACCGCCUAAAUGAUGUCGACUCGUUUAGCCUGUUCAGAGAGUUUUUGGAAAUGGUGAUCCAGUUCAGCUUUACCACCCUGUUUGUGGCAGCCUUUCCUCUCGCUCCUCUGUUGGCCUUCAUCAAUAAUGUCAUAGAGAUACGUCUGGAUGCCAUUAAGAUGGUCACUCUCGAGCGGAGAAUGGUUCCCAAGAAAACCAACAAUAUUGGUGUGUGGCUAGAUAUACUAGAGGCUAUUGGUGUCUUAGCAGUCAUUGUCAAUGGGCUGGUCAUUGGUGUAUCCUCGGACUUCAUCCCCCGACUUGUGUACCGUUAUCACUACGGCCCGUGUGCCCAAGGCACAGCUGCACCAGAUACUGAUUGUAUGGUGGGCUACAUCAACAACACUCUCUCCGUUGCCCCAAUGAUUUAUGUGAAUGAUUCAUAUAAAUACAGCGAGAACAUCCCUCCUGGCGAAGAGCCUUUCUACUGCAGCUAUAAGGACUACAGGAGCAAAGAUGACUACAGUCAUACCCAUCAGUUCUGGAUCAUUUUAGCUGCGCGCUUUGCAUUCGUCAUCUUGUUUGAGCAUGUUGUCGUCAUAUGCAAGUUCAUUGCAGCCUGGUUUAUACCGAGUGCUCCCAUGGAAGUGAAGAAUUGUAGGCUCUCAGAUAAACUCAAGAGGCUAAAAGAGGAACUUCAAUCAUUUGAAGCAUGACGGUGUAAACGGGAUACAUGUUACCCGAACAACACAAACCCAGUGUUGACUUGUGCAUUAAAGUCUCCAGACUACUGCAGUGUUGC